CCACUUGGGAGAGCGCACCGCGCCCAGUCUCACUCAGCCUCGCCCAACCUAGCACAGCCUCCAAGGACUUCGCGCAGGGACCAUGCGAAGCUGCGAGUUCCAGCUUGUCCUGCUGGCGCUGGUGCUCUGCCAGGCGCCCCGGGGGGCGGCAGCCCCGGUGUCAGCGGGUGGAGGCACUGUGCUGGCCAAGAUGUACCCGCGCGGCAAUCACUGGGCGGUAGGACACUUAAUGGGGAAAAAGAGCACAGGAGAGUUGCCAUACACUGCUGAAGGAGACAGCCUGAAGCAGCAGCUGAGGCAAUCUAUUCAGUGGGAAGAAGCUGCAAGGAAUCUGCUGGGCCUCAUAGAAGCAAGAGGAAGUAAGAACCACGAGCCGCUGGGCAAUCUGCAGCCUACGUGGGAUUCCAAGGAGAGCAACAAUUUUGAAGACACAGGUUCAAAGCACAAAGAAAGCUGGUAGAAAUUCUGCACCAGGUUCUCACAGGAGAGGAAGGAAGACGCCCCUAGCUGAACGAACAAUGGAAGCCUCCUUCAAGGGAGCGAAAUCACAUCCUUAAGAGACUGCGUCUCUGCAAGCAGCACUGCCACUGGAUCAUCAACAAGAUCUGCUUUGUGCGAAAUAUUUAACUAUCCUAGUCUCUUUUGAGCUUGACUCAAUUCAUGAUUUACAAGCAGCAUCUUCUGGUCUAAACUUGUUAGUUGUGAACAGUUGUCCAAAAACUGUCUUCUGAUAAAUGCUUUUGAUAUCUAGGCUAUGUGUUGAUUAGAGUCAAGGCCCCAAUCUGUUACUGUUCACAA